AUGGCGGCGGCGACGGUCGGGCGGGACACCUUACCUGAGCACUGGUCCUACGGCGUGUGCCGGGACGGCCGCGUCUUCUUCGUCAAUGACCAGCUCCGCUGCACGACCUGGCUGCACCCGCGCACCGGGGAGCCCGUCAACUCCGGCCACAUGAUCCGCUCAGACCUGCCCCGCGGCUGGGAGGAGGGCUUCACGGAGGAGGGCGCCAGCUACUUCAUCGACCAUAACCAGCAGACCACGGCAUUCAGGCAUCCUGUGACUGGGCAGUUUUCUCCAGAAAAUAGUGAAUUCAUUCUUCAAGAAGAGCAAAGCCCACAUAUGUCAAAGCAAGAGAGAAACCAAAGACCGUCCAGCAUGGUCAGCGAGACGUCCACGGCUGGCACCGCGUCCACCCUGGAGGCAAAGCCAGGACCCAAGAUCAUAAAGUCCAGCAACAAAGUGCACAGCUUUGGGAAGAGGGACCAGGCCAUUCGCAGAAACCUGAACGUUCCAGUGGUGGUGCGGGGCUGGCUGCACAAGCAGGACAGUUCUGGGAUGAGGCUGUGGAAAAGGAGGUGGUUUGUGCUUGCUGAUUACUGCUUAUUUUACUAUAAAGAUAGCCGAGAAGAAGCAAUCCUGGGGAGCAUCCCUCUGCCCAGCUACGUGAUUUCACCUGUGGCCCCUGAGGAUCGCAUCAGUCGCAAGUACUCCUUUAAGGCCGUGCACACGGGGAUGCGAGCUCUCAUCUACAACAGCUCCGCGGGGGGCUCACAGGCCGAGCAGUCGGGCAUGAGAACCUACUACUUCAGUGCCGACACCCAGGAGGACAUGAACGCCUGGGUCAGGGCCAUGAACCAGGCUGCACAGGUGCUGUCCCGAUCGUCACUGAAGAGGGAUGUGGAGAAGGUGGAGCGGCAGGCAGUGCCCCAGGCCAACCACACAGAGUCCUGCCAAGAGUGUGGCCGCGUGGGUCCUGGACACACAAGGGAUUGCCCUCACCGUGGCCAUGACGACUCCUUUGGCUUCGAGAGACGGGAGCAGGAAGAAGAGCGGUACCGUUCCCAGAGGGACCCGCUGGAGAGCAAGCGAGACAGGAGCAAGGCCAGGUCCCCGUAUUCACCUGCCGAUGAGGAUGCUUUGUUUGUGGAUCUGCCCAGUGGCCCGAGAGGCCAGCAGGCACAGCCCCAGCGGGCGGAGAAGAAUGGCACGCUGCCCACCUCUUACGGCCCGGGAGAGCAGAAUGGGACUGGCGGCUACCAGCGGGCCUUUCCUUCCAGGGGCAACCCUGAGAAGCACAGCCAGAGGAAGAGCAGCCUGGCCCAGGUCGAGUCCUGGGCGAAGGCGCAGAAGGGGGACGGCAGGAGCCUGCCUUUGGACCAGACGCUGCCGCGCCAGGGUCCUAGCCAGUCCCUGUCCUUACCGGAAAGCUACCAGACUCUUCCCAAGAGCACCCGGCACCCCUCGGGGAGCUCCUCGCCCCCUCCCCGCAACCUGCCCAGUGACUACAAGUAUGCCCAGGACCGAGCCAGCCACCUGAAGAUGUCGAGCGAGGAGCGCCGGGCGCACCGGGAUGGCACCGUGUGGCAGCUGUACGAGUGGCAGCAGCGCCAGCAGUUCCGGCACGGCAGCCCCACAGCGCCCAUCUGUGCUGGCUCCCCGGAGUUCAGUGACCAGGGCCGGAGCAGGAGCAUGCUGGAGGUGCCCCGCUCCAUCUCCGUUCCUCCUUCGCCCUCAGACAUCCCUCCCCCAGGACCCCCAAGGGUCUUUCCGCCCCGGAGGCCACACACACCAGCAGAGAGGGUCACCGUGAAGCCGCUGGACCAGAGGAGGAGUGUGGACAUCUCUCUUGGUGGUUCUCCCAGGAAGGCACGGGGGCACCCCACCAAGAACUCCACUCACUUGGACCGGCGCUCCAUGCCCUCCAUGGGUUACAUGACCCACACCGUCAGCGCUCCCAGUUUACACGGGAAAUCGGCUGACGAUACCUACCUCCAGCUGAAGAAAGACCUGGAGUACCUGGAUCUAAAGAUGACAGGCCGGGACCUUCUCAAGGACCGAAGCCUAAAGCCUAUGAAGAUCGCUGAGAGUGACAUUGAUGUCAAACUGAGCGUCUUCUGCGAACAAGACAGGAUCCUCCAGGACUUGGAAGACAAGAUUCGGGCUCUCAAGGAAAACAAAGAUCAGCUGGAGUCGGUGCUGGAGGUGUUGCACAGGCAGAUGGAGCAGUACCGGGACCAGCCCCAGCACGCGGACAAGAUCGCCUACCAGCAGAGGUUGCUGCAGGAGGACCUCGUCCACAUCCGAGCCGAGCUCUCCAGGGAGUCCACCGAGAUGGAAAACGCCUGGAACGAAUACCUGAAGCUGGAGCGUGACGUGGAGCAGCUGAAGCACGCGCUGCAGGAGCAGCACAGGAGAGCCUUCUUCUUCCAGGAGAAAUCGCAGAUCCAGAAAGAUCUGUGGAGGAUCGAAGAUGUCCUUGCAGGUCUGAGUGCGAACAAAGAGAACUUCAGAAUCCUGGUGGAAUCGGUCAAAAAUCCUGAGAGGAAAACGGUGCCUUUGUCCCCUCACCCGCCUGUGCCUUCACUCUCGAUGGCGGAGAGCAAGCCGCCCCCGCAGCCCAGCCCUCCCUCCAGCCCCGUGCGGACCCCUCUGGAGGUCCGACUUUUCCCCCAGCUGCAAACCUACGUGCCCUACCGACCUCACCCACCCCAGCUGAGGAAAGUGAUGUCUCCCCUUCAAUCACCAACCAAGACCAAGGCCGGCGUUGAAGACGAGGCACCUCCCAGGCCGCCCCUCCCUGAGCUCUACAGCCCCGAGGACCAGCCGCCAGCCGUGCCCCCGCUGCCCAGGGAGGCCACCAUCAUCCGGCACACUUCCGUGCGGGGCCUCAAGCGACAGUCGGACGAGAGGAAGCGGGACCGAGAGCUGGGGCAAUGUGUGAACGGGGACUCAAGGGUGGAGCUCCGGUCCUACGUCAGCGAGCCUGAGCUGGCCACCCUCAGCGGGGAUGCGGCCCAGUCCUCCCUGGGCCUCGUGGGCUCCGAGAGCAGGUACCAGACGCUGCCAGGCAGAGGGCUCUCGGGGUCCACGUCAAGGCUGCAGCAGUCAUCCUCCAUCGCUCCCUACGUCACGCUCCGGAGGGGCCUCAAUGCCGACAGCAGCAAGAGACCCAAGAGUGCCUUGGAGCGCCUGUACUCAGGGGACCAGCCGCGCGGCCGGAUGAGCGCCGAGGAGCAGCUGGAGCGCAUGAAGCGCCACCAAAAGGCCCUGGUCCGUGAGCGCAAGAAGACGCUGAGCCAAGGAGAGCGGACAGGCCCGCCCGCGGCGCGCUACCUCAGCCCCCCGCUCCCCGGGGACCUGGGCUCAUGGAAGCGCGAGCAGGACUUUGACCUGCAGUUGCUGGACCGGGCCGUGCAAGGGGAAAGAAAGGACAAGGAGGAGGAUGGCUGGUUGAAGGUGCAGGCCAUGCCUGUCACCGAGUUGGACCUGGAACCUCAAGACUAUGACUUGGACAUCAGCAGAGAGCUGUCCAAACCAGAGAAGGUCUCCAUCCCAGAGCGCUACGUGGAGCUGGACCCCGAAGAGCCACCCAGCCUUGAGGAGCUGCAGGCUCGAUAUCGUAAAGCCGAGAAGAUCCGCAACAUCCUCGCACGGUCAAGCAUGUGCAACCUGCAGCCACCAUCAGGCCAGGACCGCAACAGCGUGGCCGACCUGGACUCGCAGCUGCAAGAGCAGGAGCGCAUCAUUAACAUCUCCUACGCCCUGGCCUCCGAGGCCUCCCGGCGAAGCAAGCAGGUGGCAGCGCAGCAGCUGGCUCUCCUCCCGCCUAAAGGGCCCCUGUCCUCCAGGACGGUGCCACCUUACCCCCCUUUAAGCAACGGACUCCACUACACCUUUGUCUAACAGCUGCAACCCAGGCAGUGACGGACCCGUGAUCCAGCGUGCGGAGGAGAAGCCUGGAAUCAGGGGCCCAGAGGGCCCAGCUUCCUCGGAGGAGAUCAACCAUUCUGGCUCCACGGAAAUCCCUCCCAGCUAAGUGGGGGCGCUGGCUGGAGGAAGGGGCUGCCCGCCACCGACGGGACAGUCACCGUAGGGCUAGGGCCUAACACACACCCACUUGCUUUCCUUCGGACUCCUUUUGAUCUGUGACAGAGGCACUUUUGAUACACACUGUAAAAUACUGACACUGUAUCUUAGACUGUGUUUGCUAACGUUCACCUCAAGGACUGAGUGGCUGGCAAGGUGAGGAUGCAGACUUCUGUAGCCGCACACACAGGUUCAUGUAUGACUUGGGUGACAGGUGCGGGUGGGGGGAGGAGGGCAGGGCAAGCAAGGCCAGUCCAGCUUCUGAUGGACUCAGGUGAAGGCUGGACUUGAGAGCACGCCUCCUGGGAUGCCAGCGUUGGGCUCUCUCGCGUGCUGUCCGGGAGGCAGUGGUACUUGGCUGUAGAGGGCCACCAUCCCCGGCACCACACCAGCUCUGGGUGAAACCCCACCAGGAUGGUGCCUUGGCCCUUGGGUUUGGUUCAGGGUAACGGUGUGUUCAAGAGCUUUGGGCUCCUCAUCCAUGAGGUUCCCUCAGCAAAGGGCUUUUCUCAGAAAGAAAAAGACAAAAAAAAAGUUUUCUUUAGUUUUCAGACAUAGGCUUUUUAGUCCAGGAAAAGAGAGAGAGGAAGCAACUUUUAUUGGAUCAUAGCAAUAAACUCCACGUGGGGUGGCAUCUGCCUGAAAGGCCCUGAUGGGAUGGAUUCCUUCAACCUGUGAUGCGAACCUUUGCUGCUGUCCUGGGCAGCACCAGGUCAGCUUCCCCAGGACUUGGGGCUGUGACUUGACUUCCAGCUGACAAUGAGAAGGAGGCUACGAAGCCAGGUGCAGUGCUUGUGGGUCUUUAAGUCUUUUCAUGAUAGUCUCUAUACAGAAAAACAAAAACAACCAAACUCUGGUGGGUGGAGCCACUCUUUAAAGGAAAAUUUGUUUUUGACUAUGUUCAGAAAGAAACAGAAUCUUGAAUAUAUUUAGAAGUUGCCGUCUAUUUUUAACUAACUCCAUAUGCUGCCAGUAUCGACUUCAUGACAUUUGCCAAAAUAAAAUUUUAUUUUUGCCUUUAUAAGAUUUUGUUGGAAAAUGAAAUGAAUAUUUUGCAAGAAGGUUAAUUUAAAUAAGAGUGUAAUG